AUGGACACCGAAGAUGCCAUCGCAAUCGUUGGAGUUGGCUGCAAAUUUCCAGGAGCAGAGGAUGCGGAUGAAUUUUGGAAUGUUCUUAAAAAUGGCGAAGACCAUGUUAAAGAUAUUCCCAAGGAAAGAUUCAAUGUUGAAGCUUUUUAUGACAGCGAUCCAGACGUGCCUGGUAAAACAUACAUCAGAAAAGCUGGAUUAGUCUCUGGGAUCAAUGAAUGGGAUUACAGAUUUUUCGGAAUUGGAGAAAAUGAAGCAAAGAGAAUGGAUCCCCAACAGAGAUUGGUGCUGGAGUGCACCUACAAGGCCCUGGAGGACGCCGGAAUCACCAAAACAUCGCUCAACCAAUCAGAUACAGGAGUAUAUAUAGGCGUAAUGAAUGGAGAGUUUGAAGCAAUCACUGGGAUAGAUCCUAACUUAUUAACCAACACCUCGGUGACAGGCAUUAGUAGAAGUAUCAUAUCCGCGCAGGUUGCCUACUUUUUAAACCUCCAUGGACCGGCAAUGUCUAUAGAUACUGCUUGUUCGUCUUCACUUGCAGCCAUCCAUACCGCAGAACAGGCCAUUAAAACUGGUGAAAUGAAGAUGGCGAUAUGUGGGGGAGUCAACGUUUUGUUGAGCCCAGCAACAUCUAUAGGUUUGUCUAAAGCACGGAUGGCAUCAAGGGCUGGAAAAUGUCACACUUUUUCCCAGAAUGCUGAUGGCUAUGUAAGAGGGGAGGGAUGUGGAAUUGUGAUUCUGAAACGACUUGGUGAUGCUAUUCGUGACAACAAUAAAGUAUGGGCAAUUAUAGCCACUACCUGCAACCAAGACGGACACGAGAAUUCUCCGAUCACGGCGCCCGCCGGUGUUCAGCAGGUUAGGCUGUUAGAGAGAAUCUUUGAAAAAUCAGCCGUUCAUCCCAGCAGUAUACAGUAUAUUGAAGCUCACGGUAUGCUAAAUUUCUUUUUUUUAAGUUUUGAAAGGAUGGAUAAACUUACUGACUUGUUAUCUAAUGGAGUGUUUUCCAUUGAGAUAAUUUAG